AGAAUAACUGUUUCUGUUUUCCAUUUCGCAACCGACGACAUCGAGGAGAUGCUGGUCGGAGAGGAAGAGGAACCUGCGCGUUGCCGCCUCAUCGGCGAGACAGACGUAUUGGCGGCUAUCACGAGCGAGUUUCUAGAUGAGAAUGCGAGCAGGAAAGAUACGUCGGCGGCCACGGUGUGUCUCGGUCGAGUGUUCAUGACCACAUUCCGCUUCCAAUUCGUGCCGGAUGAGCACGAGUACGACCGGGUGCGGCGUCACCUAUUGGACCGCAGCGAGGAUGAGAUCGAAAGCUAUUUUCUAAUCCCCCUGGGCUGCAUCGCAUCCGUUAAGAAGAAGAAUUCCAUUGUAGAGAUCUUCACCAAGGACCUGCGCCAGUUGUCGUUCCGGUUCGAUGUCGUGGAGAUCACCAAGAUCUUUUCGGUCUUGACGACGUACGUGUUUCCGGAUAAAAUCGAGUUUUUGUUUGCGUUUUACCAUAGACUGUCGGAGAACAUGCUGGAGGAAGAACCAUUGCUGCCGUGUGUUUUGGACUGGGACGUCUACGACGACCAGACUGAGUGGGAAAGGCAGGGUGUGUUUGAAAAUGGCAAGUGGAGAGUUACAAGGUGCAACGAAAGUUUUUGCGCGAUCGAUACGUACCCGGAACGCCUUGCAGUCCCUGCAACCGUAACGGAUGAGGUGCUGCUAGACGCGAUGAAUUUCCGCUCACUAGGCCGCAUCCCGUGUCUAACAUGGCUGAACGGAGCGAAUGGAGCUGCUCUGUGUCGAUCCAGCCAGCCCAAGAUUGGAAUGUCGAAAGCCACAUCACCGGCUGACGAAAGCCUAGUUGCUGCGAUUGCGGCGUCGAGUCUGCUGCAGGAUCAAUUGCAGAUUAUUGACUGCCGACCGAUGUCUAGCGCACUGGCAAAUCGCGCUAAAGGAUAUGGUGUUGAAAGCUCUGUCAACUAUAAGAAUUGUAUAAUUAGCUACAUGGAAAUCCCUAACAUCCAUUCCAUGAGGGAAAGCAUGAAAAAGCUGCGUAACCUCUGUGCGUCACCCUCAUGUGAUAACUUACGGUGGCUCGGAAGCAUUGAGGACACUAAGUGGUUGGUCUACGUUCGCCAACUUCUGAAGUCCGGUUUGCAUAUUGCACAAUUGCUCCGAUCGGGUGAAUCAGUGCUAUUGCAUUGUAGCCACGGUUGGGACCGCACAAGCCAGAUCGCGUCGCUUGCUCAAAUUUUCAUUGAUCCUUUCUUCCGAACGUGGAAAGGAUUCCAAGUGCUGAUUGAAAAAGAAUGGUUAUCGUUCGGACACCCCUUUCAUAUUCGGCACUCGCACGGUGAGAAAGCGGAUACACAGGAGUCGCCGAUUUUUAUCCAAUUCUUGGAUUGCGUCUCGCAGCUCGUUCGAAUUUAUCCAAGCUACUUUGAGUAAGUUGAGAUACCUAUCGUUGCUGGAUACAAUCAGUAAAGUGACCGUAACCGUAUCGAUCAAUUUUGCAGAUUUAACGAGGGACUGCUGCUCAUGCUCGCCGAUGCUCUGCAUUCAUGUCGCUUUGGGACGUUUUUGUUCGAUUGCAAAAAGCACCGUCAGGAAGCUAACUUGGGGAAUCGGACCACAUCCGUGUGGACUUGGGUUAACGGCUUUCGCCCGCAGCUCACAGAGCAAACCUAUGCUCCGAAGCAAGUGUUGAACCCACCUCUGACUGGAUUAUUGAAGCGAGUCGUACUUUGGGAUGCGAUGUUCAUGCGCUGGUCGGGUCAACAGCUUGUUCAGGAACCUCCGAUUUCAACGAAUUUCUUCUCCGACAACUCGCAGCGCACACCGACUUGGCAGCUACCACAGGGCACACUCAACGCCCUAAAUACUGCACUCACUGUGAAAUACCG